UUAACUGAAUUAUGAGGUAGAAAUGGUCACAAUUUAGUUUUGGCUGUCCAGUUGUGCACCCGUGCUGUGGUCCCUGUGGUCCGAACUCGCGUGUGGCCGUGUGGGGUGCGAGUUGUGUGGAACUUUGUGCUACGCGCCGCUGGCUACGUCUCGUAGAGGCUGAACGUAAAGCUCAAAAAACAGUGCAUCGGCAUAUGACCGGACGGUGACGUGCAAGCAGAAGACAAUAGCGACAUAAGAUGAAGCCGCGGGGGGCGAGCGUCAUGCACGCCUUCACAGCGCUCACUAUGCUUACUAUGGCUAAUGCCCAAACAACUUGCAAUCAAGGGAUGGGUCGAGUUAUGUACGAACGUCUUCCAAAUCAACAAUUACAUGGAUUCGACGAUGAUGUUGUACGUGAAACAGCGCCGCCAUUUCGUGUUUUGGAGAAGUGCCAGGACUUAUGUUUAAGAGAUCGUUCGGGGAAUGGGUUAGUCAGGACAUGCAAUUCUAUAGACUUCCAACCGGGCGCACGUAUCGCUGCGUUCAGUCCUGAACCAGAGUACGAGGAAUCUACGUGCUAUCUCACCAGAGAACAAGCUACUCCCGAAGGAAUUGGCACACUCAUGAUCGUACCCAAUAGUGUCCAUUUCAACGAAAUAUGUCUCACUUCGAAUCGUCCCGAACGGGAGUGCCCUUCCCGUCGAUAUAUCUUCGAGCGCCAUGCCCGCAAGCGACUUAAGCUCCCACCUUCAGAUCUCAAGGAGAUCAUGGUGGCUAACCGCACUGAGUGUGAAGAUAAGUGUCUCGGAGAGUUCAGUUUCGUUUGCCGUUCAGCUACUUACGAUUCAGCGCUCAGAACUUGCUCCCUAAGUCGCUUUACUAGAAGGACGCAUCCUGAGCUGUUAGAAGAUGAUCAUAAUGCGGACUAUUUGGAGAACACUUGCCUUAACGCGGAAAGGCGUUGUGAUGGUUUAGCAGUCUUUAUCAAAGAAGAAAACAAACGCCUCGGCGGACCUUUCGAAGCUGACGUUUUCUCCAAUAUGACUUUGGAUGAAUGUCAGGCUAUGUGCGUCCGAGCUGAAAAAUAUUUCUGUCGUUCCAUCGAGCAUGAUGCCAUGACACGUCAGUGCGUGCUCUCCGAGGAAGACUCUGUCUCGCAGAAGGACGACGUGACUGUGAGCGCAUCGCCUACUCAUCAUUUCUACGACCUUGUUUGUUUGGACAAUCCUCGCGGCACGGAGUAUCCUGACAACAGCGUGACGUCACACUUGUUCUCCCCGGGGAGAAGGCCAGACACCGCCUUCCAGAGGUAUAGGAACAGCAGGAUUACCGGAGAGUUCCAUUCGGAGAUCACGGGAAGGUCGCUCAGCGAGUGUCUUGACGAAUGUUUGAGACAAACCAGCUUUCAAUGCAGGUCGGCUGUGUACAGCGACCGAGCAAGAACCUGCCGACUCAGCCGAUACAACCAGAAGGAUGGCAUGAGAUUACUAUACGAUCCUGAUUUCGAUUACUAUGAAAAUCUUAUGCAUCAACUAGUGAGUGGGGAAAGCGAUGCUGGGGGUUCAGGCACCGGCUCUCAAGCGCCUUGGGGAAGACCCACUACCACAGGAGGCAGUAAUAACGGCGAUCGGGACAGAUACCCGCAAGGCGCAGACCGCUAUCCCGACGACGACCGCUAUUCGGAUGACGACCGAUAUAACGACCGCCCGGAUAGAUACCCAGAUGACCGGUACCCGGCCGGCUCGGACCCGGAUAGAUACCCGCCGGGCGACCGCUACCCUUCAGAUAGAUAUCCUGACGAUAGAUAUCCUCCUGGCGUCGGCCCAGACCGUUAUCCUUCCGAUAGGUAUCCUCCUGGUAUAGACCGGUACCCGCCCGGACUAGACCGCUACCCAAGCGGUAUUGAUCGCUUCCCACCCGGCCCGGAUCGCUAUCCGCCUGGUGCUGAACGCUAUCCAGCUGGACCAGAGCGAUACCCUGUUGGUGGUGAUCGGUACCCUGUUGGCGUUGAUCGCUACCCGGUUGGAGGAGAUCGCUUUCCACCUGGGGCAGAUCGCUACCCUCCUGGUAUAGAUCGUUAUCCUCCUGGCGUUGAUCGCUACCCACCUGGCGCUGACCGCUAUCCCCCAGGCAUUGACCGUUAUCCUCCUGGCGCCGACCGUUACCCACCAGCUAUUGACCGGUACCCUUCUGAUAGAUAUCCCAGUGGUAGAUAUCCCGCACCGACUGGAGACCGGUAUCCUCAAGACAAUGGGCGGUACCCAAUUUAUAAUUAUCCUGUAUCCAAUGAUAUAGAUAGAUACCCAACUAAUGAUAGAUACCCAAUAAGUAGAUAUCCUAUUGACGUUUAUCCGGAAAGGUAUCCGAAUGACAGGUACCCAGAUCGGUUUCCAACUCGGGGAAGGUACCCAUCCAGACCUCCGUUGUAUCCUAACCGAUAUCCUGACAGAUUUGAUCAGGACCGCUAUCCUGGUUCUGACACUGGACGGUACCCAUACAGCAGGUACCCAGUUGGGGUGAACAGGGAUCCGGCACCAUUAGGUGGUGAUCGUUACCCCGAUAUGUAUGACAAAUAUCCGCCGACCGGAUCGUCGUACCCGGCAGGCUACGGACGUGGCGGAUAUUAUGGAUCAGACUAUCAGGGUCCUGAUAGGUACCCGGAUAGAGGAGUGCGACCAGUUCCAGACAGAUAUCCAGUAGAACCUCGACCUAGCUUCGGUGUUAGAAGACCUAUAGACCGACCCGGAGGCUAUCGAGGCUCGUACCCGCAGCCCGGCUUAGAUAGGCCUAUUGGAGGACCUGCUUACGGUGGUUAUGAACCAGAUGGACCGAUCGGUCCUAUUGGAGUAUCUACUGGACCUGUCAUUAGUCCCAUUGGAGGCUCAUUAGGUCCUGUGGGUGGACCAAUAGGAGGACCUAUUGGCGGUCCUAUCGGUGGACCUCUAGGCGGACCCAUAGGAGGCCCUGUAGGAGGAAGACCACCAAUCCACAGACCGUGGCAAGGAUCUAGAUGCGAGGAAGAUAGUUUCAGACAAGUCGGCAGACAACGAAUGCAACGAAGAUUUGUCCGACGGUUUACGACAGCUCAAUCGUUGGCGCACUGCCAGCGAGAGUGCAUAGAGGCCCGUGAUUUCAUCUGUCGGUCGUUCAACUACAGGGAAGGAGGCUAUAACGGUGAACCACGAGACAAUUGCGAAUUAAGUGACCGAGACACCCGAGAAUUGGAUGCUGCAAAUCCAGCGCACUUCGAUAACACGGCAAAUGAAUAUGAUUUCUAUGAAAGAGCAUUAGGGCGUAUUGCUGACGACUGUUUAGAUGUGUCUCAAGUAUGUAACGAGGAUGGUAUGGAGUUCACAUUACGGCUUCCCGAGGGAUUCUAUGGACGAAUAUAUACGUAUGGAUUCUACGAUCGAUGCUUCUUUAGAGGCAAUGGUGGUGUCGUGAAUGCUCUGCGUAUUAGUGGAGCACAUGGGUAUCCCGAAUGUGGCACUCAGCGAUACGGCGACACAAUGACCAAUAUAGUGGUGGUACAGUUCAGUGACAACGUACAGACUUCGCGGGACAAACGAUUCAAUCUAACCUGUCUAUUCCGAGGACCGGCUGAAGCCGUUGUCACGUCAAAUUACAUCGGAGCUGGUUUCGGCUUUGACUUGGUCGACAGGUCUGGAAGUCCUAUCCCAAUAGAAUAUUUGCCAGAAGAGAGCUCACUCAAUUCGAAGGUCCGUUUGAUGAUCUUGUAUCAAGGACGACCGACCACCACGAUAGCUGUAGGAGAUCCGCUGACCUUCAGACUAGAAGCCCAGGAUGGUUACAAUUAUGCCACGGAUAUAUUCGCUACGAAUGUCAUAGCACGAGAUCCUUAUUCCGGUCGGUCUGUACAGCUUAUUGAUAGAGUCGGAUGUCCAGUGGAUCCCGAUGUAUUCCCUGAACUUGACAAAGGCCGUAACGGAGACUCGCUUGAAGCAAGGUUCAAUGCCUUCAAGAUACCAGAGUCGAACUUCCUCGUGUUCGAAGCUACAGUCCGCACGUGUAGAGACGGAUGUCAACCCGCAUACUGCCCAAGUCACUCAGGACGUUCGGAGCCAUCGUUCGGCCGUCGUAGAAGAGAUGUCAACGCAACUGCUGAAGAAGCGGUGGCUGAAGAAGUUAAGACGAAUGACACAGCUAACAAUAAAACAGACGAUAAAGAAGCGGACACUGUGUACAAGAUAUCUUACGAGGAAGCGACUGUUGAUAAGUAUCUGAAGGAUGAAGUAGAAACUCCGAGCCAUGUACGGAAAAUGAUCGAAGUGUUUGAUAAUCGCAACGAGCUAUUAGAAGAGAACGGAUCGUCUGAUUCGUCGCCUGUAGUCGCUGUUGCCGGAGUUUGCGUGUCUCCUUACCACUACAGAGCUUUGUUGGUAGCUCUAUGCGUUCUACUGUCCUUGCUGCUGGCUAUGUUGACUGCCGCUUUGUACAUAUACAGGCGAUAUUGGCGAGUGCUACGUAAGAACAUCCAGGCAUCGGCCGCCGCUCCAACCCUGAGACCAGUCACUCCUGGACCGAGGUCCACACGGCCCUCCCUAUUUUCUGCAUCGCAUUUACAUAAACCAUUCUCUUUGAGUGGUCUCGGUAGAAACUUCACAGAAGUGGGCGAAGAAGCAGGUUCGUCGGGACGACUGGCCAACGCUUUCGACGACGGCAGCGAACCGAUCUAUACGGACCCGUCUCUGUUCGAACGUUCGCGGUCUCUCCGUUCCUUGCACUCGCUCGACUUGAAACCCGAACGACGAGACCACCGCGCUUAAUCGACGUCACUCACAAAUAUAACACAAAUAAUAUAUUUUUUUGAAACGAUUUUUAUGACCCGUAAAAAUAUUCUUUUUGACAACAAAAUAUUAAAUUACUCGAAUUAUUGUUUUUUUUUUUUUUAAUAAUGGAAAUUAAGAAAAUAACAAUGAUUUACUUCUAGUAAAUCGAUUUAUAUUAUAAGUUGAACUCAUUUGUUAAACUGCCAUAAGUCUGCUCAGUUUUAUUCUGCAAUAGAAUAAAUAUCAUAAUAUUAAUAGAAAUGUAACAUUUCCAAUAAUAUAAUAUCUAAUGUCAUUUUAAUGAUUAAAAUCUUAUUAUAAAGCAUUUAAUGUAAGC